UGAGCGAGAAGGGGGAGCGCGCAGAAAGCAGCUACGCAGGAGAGAGGGGCAGAAGCCGAAUGGUGGAGCUGAAGAUGGCGGAUGGAGACAGCGGGAGUGAGCGCGGCGGUAGCAGCGGGGGUGGAGGCGGAGGCGGAGGUGGUUUCCAGCACUUCCAGAGGGACCAGGAGACCCAGGAGCUGGCGUCCAAGCGCCUCGACAUUCAAAAUAAGCGCUUCUACCUGGACGUGAAGCAGAACAGCAAGGGCAGAUUCAUCAAAAUCGCCGAGGUCGGGGCCGGGGGCUCCAAGAGUCGUUUGACCCUCUCCCUGUCGGUGGCGGCGGAGUUCCGGGACUACCUCGGGGAUUUCAUCGAGCACUACGCCCAGCUUGGGCCUAGCAGCCCGGAGCAGAUAGCCCAGGCUUCCAUGGGGGAGGACGGCGGGCCUCGGAGGGCGCUGAAGAGUGAGUUUCUCGUCCGGGAGAACCGCAAAUACUACCUGGACUUGAAGGAGAACCAGCGGGGGAGGUUCCUGCGGAUCAGGCAGACCGUUAACCGGGGACCCGGCUUUGGUGUCGGGGGCCCUGUGGGCGGCAUGCUGGCCGGUCAGACCAUAGCCCUUCCGGCUCAGGGGCUAAUAGAGUUCAGAGACGCCCUCGCUAAGCUCAUAGACGACUACGGGGGAGACGACGAGGAGCUGGCCGCGGGCAACGCCGCCGCGGGGGGGUUCAGCGAGCUCCCCGAGGGCACGUCCAUCAUGGUGGACUCCAAGCGGUUCUUCUUCGACGUGGGGUCCAACAAAUACGGCGUGUUCCUGCGGGUGAGCGAGGUGAAGCCCAGCUACAGGAACUCUAUCACCAUCCCCUUCAAAGCCUGGAGCAAAUUCGGGGGAGCUUUCAGCAGAUACGCGGAGGAGAUGAAGGAGAUCCAGGAGAGGCAGAGGGAUAAAAUGUACGAGAGGAGAGACGAGUCCGAGGGAGACGACGUGGAGGACGACUGAGAGGAAAUGAAAAAGAAACAGCUGUUAGUCCAUGACAGAUCUGCAAUAUAGCCAAGGGGGUAUUUUGCAAAAAAAAAAAUGAGAAAAAAAAGAGAUAAAGUGCAUGACAAAUCGUGCUGUUAUAGCCUACUAAAAAGUAUCGUGUAAAGUACAUGUGCAAGGGGAAGUUUUUGGUGUAUUAUCCUAAAAAAAAAAAGUUUGUAGGGUUGAAGGUUGGAGUGGUUGUGUGAAUUUAAUGCAAGUGGAUUAAAUGUGUAAAAUGAGAUAUUUUGAUAUCUCAUUUGGCUGAUUAAAAAAAAAGUGCUUUAUUGUUAAAAAGGAAAAAAAGAACAACCAGCAAAUUGGUUUUUAUAACAAUAGAGAAAGCGAGGGGCUAAGAACCGCUUUCUAUCUGCAACAUAGUUUAUAUUUAAAAAUAAAAUAAAAAUAAAGAGUGAGGAGUCAACCUGUUUAAGAUGUUUUCCUUGCUCAGUUUUAAGGAGCAUCCAUUGUAUUCCUGUUCCGGUCCAGGUUUCUCUCCUCGGUGGGCAGAUUGUGUUGUGUUUUUUUUUUGUUUUUUUUUGUGCAAGUCAGAUGAACCUGAGAAGAAUGUAGAGGAAAAGAAAGCUGCUGGAUGUGUUUGCGUUGUCAGCCCAGUGGGAGCCGUGCAGCAGCAGCAGCAUCAGCAGCCGCAGCAGCAGCAGGCGGCAGUUAAUCGAAAAAGAUUACCCAAAAAUGUUAGGGGAAGUUACUGAUGAGAGGAUUAUCUUUAAGCCCGAACAACAAGGGCCUCGUUUCGCGGACUUAAACUAAAGCUUUGACUCCUGCAGUCAGUCGCAGUGUGGAUCAGCUGGGUUUUAUGUUAUACAUACAAUUUUAGCAAGUAUUUUUAAUUGAUUGAAUUAAUAUUGUUUCCGGCCGAGGUGGGGGGGGGGGAAGGAAGCUGCUGUGUCUCGCACCAGAGCAUCCCUGGUGUUUUGAGAAGGGCCGCUUUGGAGAGCCAACAUGUGGGAAAGAGGACUGUACGGGGUGGGCCCCCCCCCCCCCCCCCCCCUUGGCGGCCCCCAGUUCUACGCCCCUGGGGACAAAACAAAUAUCUUCUGUAUUUAAAAAUAAGAUUUACAGUUUAUAAAUAUUUGGGACUUGAAAUGAUCUGCUCCCCUCACGCCACAAACAAGGGUCCAAAUAUCUGUUUUCGCUGGAUGGGAGCACCACGUUUGACCUUCCAGCUCUGCCCGGAGAUGAUUUUUUUUCCCAUCAUGCUCUCUGGCAUGGUUGGAGCUGGACCGACGGACAAACUAAAUGGCCAUCUUUACACCAGCCUGAGGCCAUUUUUUUUUUCAUGACGUAACAUCUUCUAACACGUGAAGACCCUGGACAGAAACACACUGAUGAUGGAUGUUUUUUGUUUUGUUUUGUUUUGUUUCUUAUUCAGAAGAGAACUAUAUUAAAAAUGAGAUUAUAGGAAAAAUAUUAUUGAACAAAGCCAGCAAAUGAUAUUUUGAAAUACUUAUAAAAAAGCAAAAAUGUAUUAUAUAAAGGAAUUUCGAGAUUUAAAAAAAUAAAAAAAGGUUAAUUUCUUAAAACAAAGUUGUGACUCAAACCUCCAGAUUAUUUUUUGUUUUUUCCUAGAGUGAAAGUAUAACACUUCCUUAAUUAAACACCUUUAAAUGCA